AUGGGACUUAGUCCUAAUGCGGAUGAUUUAUUGAGCUCUACCAGAACUGUUGGCUCCAGUAACUAUCCUCCAUCUGAAUCUGGCCAAAAACAAGAGCAAGUUAUUCACGAGUAUGACUCAGAAAAAUCUCGCAGACGCCUUGAGGAGCACGGCUACCAUCAUUUGGUAACCAGCAAGUCGGUCCGAGAAGUCCUUGAAGACUUUAAUUCCAAAGUCAAGGAAAACGAGAAGCGAGCGGCUUCACGGGAGGAAUUCCUGUACGCCAAUAACGGCAACCCUACGCAUUUCCUAGGCACCUAUGUCCAGUCUCGGGAGUUGCUCAUUGAUAUUUCUGGCCAUGACAUGACCAAGAGCCCUGCCGAACUCACCCCUAUCAAAACUUCGAGCCUCUUUGGGGUUGUAGACAGCGGGCAGACAUAUGGUCUGAUCUUUGGAAAGAUGCUUGCCUCCGAGGGUAUGAAGCAGCUUGAAUCCUUCUCGAAGGCGUUCCCCCUUCCGUGGGCCAAACUAUCAAAGGGUAUGGCAGUAUGGGACUUUACGACUGCCAGCUAUCAUGAGCCGCCAACUGGAUCUGCUGUAUUUCUUUGUGUCAGCCCCGAAGGCACUCAGACCGAGUUCAACCACGGCCUGGGACGCUUAUCUCAGCUCCGAAUCGAGGAAAAUGAAGCCCGAAACAACAUCCGAAAACUUGUGCUCUUCAUACAACAAGAAUGUGGUCUCACGUCGCCAUACGGCUACGAUGCCGAACGUGACGAGGAAGAAAAUGAGCAAGUCUUGCACAUCCUCCGUAACUACGGCUACAAAAAGAACAUUGUCAAGAUGGCGCGGUCUAUCCCAACGCAAGAGAACCUUAUCAUGGCCCUCAAAAACACCGUCGACCCAGAGCCAAACCAUGAAUACCAGAUGUCGAAGCAGGUUGCCCUUACACAGACAAUGCAUCUACUGUUUGCCAUCGCCAAACGGAGCCACCUUGUCGAAGUAUUGCACUUCCACAAGACUCCCCUGCUUGACCGCAGACUCCUGGCUAUAAUUCUGCGAGCCUGUCCUCAUGUAAAAAUGAUUGGAAUCUACGAGUGUCCCAUGCUGCAUUUGGGAGAUGUCAUCUUCCUGCUUGACCUUAUCCAUGAAGUCAACGAAGAACGCAAGGCAAAACACCUUCCGCCCGUGGAAGCACUCGAUUUCUACCCGCGAUACCACGCGGGUCGGCCUUACAAGACUACUCGCGAGUUUGAGACUUACGGAUUUACCUGGAAAGUUGAAAACAAUGAAGAGGUCCAGCGAGGUGUUCUCACUGUCAUCAUGCAAGCGGUUUUGAAGUCUCGUGAAAUGAAGAUCAAACUUCUAAUGGACGAGAACGCGGCUUUUAUGACGUUCUUGUCGAACAUUCCAAUGGUGCCCGGAAAGGUGUUCGCAUUUCUAGAUGGCCUUUAUCGCCUUCUCGAUUUGAAGUCCGUCAAGUCGAAGGAUCAAAACGCAAUGAAGCAAGCCAAGUACGAUGUGCUGAAAGCUGUACGAAGCGGUCUAGUGUCACAUAAACGUGACAAUCGCAACUAUUACUUGGAAAUGGGUACCAAAUUCUACUUUUGUGCCUCAUGUGGCUAUGAAUUUCUUUUUGAAUUCUUCCACCCGAACAAUCGGUUUGCCACCCAGUUUGAUAACUGGCUGUGCACAGGCUGCAUUCUGCGCUCAAAGCUGGACGAGGAGGCCGACCACCAAAAGCUCUGGAGCAAAGAUAUCAUGACGGGUUUCUACCCUGACUGGAAGCCUACGGAGUUCAAUGCUGAUGCCCCCAUUCUUGACAAUGGACAAGACCUGGUCCGUUUCAAGACUGACAAAGCGGAACGAGAUCCACUCCCUUCACAGGCUCUUUUGCCAGACGGGAACUUCUACCAGCCUAGCAAUGGAAAUCAGCUUGUCCGCGAUCUCAAACGCCACUACGACAGUGUGCAGGGCUUGCCCACUCUGACUACUCUUUUGAAGGCGGACGGACUGCGACAAAAGGCCCGAGACGCAGCUUUGAUUGCUGACUCGGAACGAUCGCUGGCUCUUUACCUGCGAACUUACCCUCACUUGCGUGAUCCUUCUAUGCGUCCUACUCUGGUAUCUAUGAUUCACGAAAUAGGUGCCCCCAACCACUACGAUGAAGAUCAGGGCCAUCAAAUCCCUCGCAAUCGAAACGGCGUCAAGUCUACGCACACAUUCGAGACUGCUGUAGAGAUGUACAGGACCUUGGAUGAGCCGUACAAGGGCACUUUUGGUCCUUAUGAGCAUCCAGGCAAUGAUACAUGGACGCCUAACGGUAAGGUGAAGGACGGAUUUUGGUGA